CAAUAAUUCACUUAUUCUUCACUCCAUCUUCAGCAAAAAAAAAAAAAGUAAGAAGAAACACUGAAAGCUCUCCACUACCAUGGCGUGUCCUAGAGUGAUUUUUCUGAUUCUGAUCACGUUCUUCAUUUUACAGACUGCUUUCUCAAGUUCUUGGCAAACAUUGAGUGGGAAACCUCCGGCUGUGAUUGCUCGAGGCGGAUUCUCUGGUAUGUUUCCAGAUUCCAGUAUUCAAGCAUAUCAGUUGGUGAAUAUAACAACUUCACCAGACGUAAUGCUCUGGUGUGAUCUUCAACUAACAAAGGAUGGUGUUGGAAUCUGCUUUCCAAAUCUGAAGCUUGACAAUGGUUCUAACGUCAUAAGAAUUGACCCACAUUACAAAGAAAGGUUUUCUGUUGAUUUCACAUGGAAGGAACUCUCUGAUGUGAAAUUGGCACAGGGUGUUGUCUCAAGACCAUAUAUAUUCGAUGAUGUAUCCUCGAUAUUGGCUAUUGAAGAAGUAGCAAAGUUGACAGCUUCAGGCCUCUGGUUGAACAUUCAGGACAGUGCUUUCUACGCAAAACACAAUUUGAGUAUGAGAAACUCUGUUGUCUCUCUAUCAAGACGCCUGAAAGUUAACUUCAUAUCUUCUCCAGGGAUCAGUUUCCUGAAGAGCAUGAAAAACAGUGUCAAGCCGACUGUGACAAAACUCAUCUUUAGGUUUCUGAAACAAGAACACAUAGAACCCUUCACCAACCAAUCUUACGGCUCUCUUGCCAAGAAUCUAAGUUAUAUAAGAACGUUUUCUUCUGGAAUUCUUGUUCCAAAAUCUUACAUAUGGCCCGUAGAUUCAGCUCUUUACCUACAACCCCACACGUCGCUUGUAACAGAUGCUCAUAAAGAAGGCUUACAAGUUUUCGCCUCGGAGUUUGCCAAUGAUUUUGUAAUUGCUUAUAACUACAGCUAUGAUCCAACGGCUGAGUAUCUAUCUUUCAUUGACAACGGAAACUUCUCCGUUGAUGGUUUCCUAUCAGACUUCCCGGUGACUCCAUAUCGAGCCAUCAAUUGCUUCUCUCAUGUGGACCCUAAAAGAGCUAAGGAGCAAGCUAAGAUAACUAUUAUCUCGAAGAAUGGAGCGAGUGGAGAUUUCCCGGGCUGUACUGACUUGGCGUAUCAGAGAGCUGCAAGCGACGGGGCUGAUAUUCUUGAUUGCAAUGUCCAGAUGUCUAAAGACAAGAUUCCCUUUUGUAUGAGCUCCUUUGAUCUUAUAAACAGCACUAAUGUCAUCGAAACAAGCUUCAGAAAUCUGUCAUCAGUAGUUUCAGAGAUUAACCCACGGAGAAGUGGUAUCUACACUUUUAGCCUGACCAUGUCUCAGAUACAAACCUUGAAGCCCACUAUUUCGAAUCUUGAAAAGGACUCUGGUUUAUUCAGAAACCCAAGAAACAACAAGGCUGGGAAGUUUCUUACAUUAUCCGAGUUCUUGUUUCUUCCAAACCGUUACAGCUCUCUCUUAGGCCUCUUGAUAGAAGUGGAGAAUGCAGCUUAUUUAGUGGAACAUCAAGGAAUUAGCGUGGUCGAUGCGGUACUAGAUGAAUUGAAGAGAGCUACUACUCAACAAAACAAGACAAGUGCAAGAACAAUACUGAUCCAGUCUACUGAUAAGUCUGUCUUGAUGAAGUUCAAGGAGAAGAACAAAAUGAAUCAUGACGAGCUGGUCUAUAGAGUCGACGACAACAUCCGUGAUGUAGCAGAUUCGGCGAUCAAAGACAUCAAGAAUUUCGCAGGCUCGAUUGUCAUCAGUAAGAAAUCAGUCUUUCCCUACAAAGGGUUUAUCAUCCUUGAAAAGGAGACAAAUAUUGCUUCAAAGCUAAAAUCAAACGGGCUUCGUGUUUACGUUGAAAGAUUUAGCAACGAGUGUGUAACUCAUGCAUUUGACUUUUACGAUGAUCCAACGUUAGAGAUAGACUCUUUUGUCCGCGAUGUCCAAAUUGAUGGCAUCAUCACUGACUUCCCAGCAACCACUGCAAGAUACAGAAAGAACAAGUGUUACGGCGAAUUUGGUCUGACUACAACCGGUGAGCUCAUAACUUUCGCGAAUCCAAUGCUUCUUCCACCAGCUGAAGCUCCAUAUCCAGCACUACUUGACUCAGAUGUGACGGAACCACCAUUGCCUGAAGCAAGAAGUCAGCCUCCUGCUUCUUCUCCAUCAAAGGCAGAGGAAAAAGCAAUAGAAGUUCCCUUUGCAUUUAUAGCCAUGGCUAUUCUUGUGUGCUUCUUCAUUUCAGUUUAGUGAUAAGUGUUUGUAACCGACUUCGACUGCAGUAUCUGCAAGUGAACCUUAUGAAUAACAAUGUCUAGUACUAUAUCAUUCUUCUUUUUAAGGUUUCAAUAAGAUAUCUAGAAUUACAAAUU